UACUUCACUUUGCUGCUUUACUUGAUCAUCGUGAGGCAGUCGAGUGUCUGUUGGAGAAGAAGGCUGAUGCAGAUGCUAAAGAUAAGUAUGGGAAGAGACCUUUUGAUUUUGCUCUGAGAAGAGGUCACAUGUCAACAGCUAAUCGGUUGUUUUCAAUAAUGCAGUCAGUUAAAGAUGUUGCAUUAGAGAAUGUGUGUAAGCUGCUGCAGUGGGCAUAUAGUAAUGAAGUGGCUGUUGCAACAAAGAUUGCAGAGAAGUUUUGUCAAUCAGUGGAGAAGGAGUCUGGUCGCACUUUACUUCACUUUGCUGCUUUACUUGAUCAUCGUGAGGCGGUCGAGUGUCUGUUGGAGAAGAAGGCUGAUGCAGAUGCUAAAGAUAAGGAUGGGAAGAGACCUUUUGAUUUUGCCUUGAGAAAAGGUCACAUGUCAACAGCUAAUCGGUUGUUAUCAAUAAUGCAGUCAGUUGAAGAUGUUGCAUUAGAGAAUGUGUGGAAGCUGCUGCAGUGGGCAUAUAUUAAUAAAGUGGAUGUUGCAGCAAAGAUUGCAGAGAAGUUUUGUCAAUCAGUGGAGAAGAAGUGUGGUCACACUUUACUUCACUUUGCUGCUUUACUUGAUCAUCGUGAGGCAGUCAAGUGUCUGUUGGAGAAGAAGGCUGAUGCAGAUGUUAAAGAUAAGGAUGGGAAGAGACCUUUUGAUUUUGCUGUGAUAAGAGGUCACAUGUCAACAGCUAAUCGGUUGUUAUCAAUAAUGCAGUCAGUUGAAGAUGUUGCAUUAGAAAAUGUGUGUAAGCUGCUGCAGUGGGCAUGUAGUAAUAAAGUGGCUGUUGCAACAAAGAUUGCAGCGAAGUUUUGUCAAUCAGUGGAGAAGAAGUCUGGUCGCACUUUACUUCACUUUGCUGCUUUACUUGAUCAUCGUGAAGCAGUCGAGUGUCUGUUGGAGAAGAAGGCUGAUGCAGAUGUUAAAGAUAAGUAUGGGAAGAGACCUUUUGAUUUUGCUGUGAGAAGAGGUCACAUGUCAACAGCUAAUCGGUUGUUAUCAAUAAUGCAGUCAGUUGAAGAUGUUGCAUUAGAGAAUGUGUGUAAGCUGCUGCAGUGGGCAUGUAAGAAUGAAGUGGAUGUUGCAACAAAGAUUACAGCGAAGUUUUGUCAAUCAGUGGAGAAGGAGUCUGGUCGCACUUUACUUCACUCUGCUGCUUUACUUGAUCAUCGUGAGGCAGUCGAGUGUCUGUUGGAGAAGAAGGCUGAUGCAGAUGCUAAAGAUAAGUAUGGGAAGAGACCUUUUGAUUUUGCUCUGAGAAAAGGUCACAUGUCAACAGCUAAUCGGUUGUUAUUAAUAAUGCAGUCAGUUGAAGAUGUUGCAUUAGAAAAUGUGUGUGAGCUGCUGCAGUGGGCAUGUAAGAAUGAAGUGGCUGUUGCAACAAAGAUUGCAGAGAAGUUUUGUCAAUCAGCGGAGAAGAAGUCUGGUCGCACUUUACUUCACUCUGCUGCUUUACUUGAUCAUCGUGAGGCAGUCGAGUGUCUGUUGGAGAAGAAGGCUGAUGCAGAUGCUAAAGAUAAGUAUGGGAAGAGACCUUUAGAUUUUGCUGUGAUAAGAGGUCACAUGUCAACAGCUAAUCGGUUGUUUUCAAUAAUGCAGUCAGUUGAAGAUGUUGCAUUAGAAAUUGUGUGUAAGCUGCUGCAGUGGGCAUAUAGUAAUGAAAUGGAUGUUGCAACAAAGAUUGCAGAGAAGUUUUGUCAAUCAGUGGAGAAGAAGUCUGGUUGCACUUUACUUCACUUUGCUGCUUUACUUGAUCAUCGUGAGGCAGUCGAGUGUCUGUUGGAGAAGAAGGCUGAUGCAGAUGCUAAAGAUAAGGAUGGGAAGAGACCUUUUGAUUUUGCUGUGAGAAGAUGUCACAUGUCAACAGCUAAUCGGUUGUUUUCAAUAAUGCAGUCAGUUGAAGAUGUUGCAUUAGAAAAUGUGUGUAAGCUGCUGCAGUGGGCAUGUAAGAAUGAAGUGGAUGUUGCAACAAAGAUUGCAGAGAAGUUUUGUCAAUCAGUGGAGAAGAAGUCUGGUUGCACUUUACUUCACUUUGCUGCUUUACUUGAUCAUCGUGAGGCAUGUGAGUGUCUGUUGAAGAAGAAGGCUGAUGCAGAUGCUAAAGAUAAGAAUGGUAAGAGACCACACCAACUAACUGAUGGUGACCUGAGAAGACGACUGAUCAAAGCAGUAGAUGAACAGAAGUAUGCUGUUCUGUAUGCUGAGGGCACAGUGAGACCAGAAAUCAUGAAAUUGUGUUUCAUUGGUAAAGAAGGAGCAGGAAAGACGACACUCAUGGAGGUUCUCGAACGAGGAUUGUUGAAGUGGAUUUUUGCAAACGAGAAUCAAGCAGAUAACCCAGAAUGUGAAGAGGAACGCACAAUUGGUAUCAACGUGAAAACAGUCGAUAUUCCAGGAGUGGGUCGCUUGUCACUGUGGGACUAUGCAGGUCAAGGGCAGUUCCACAAAACACACGGUCUCUUCUUUUCUUCAUCCAACUCGUUCUUCAUCCUGCUAGUGAGUCUAGUGAAAGGCGAGGAGAGACAACUGUGCAGUGUUGAGGAGUUGCGACAAGAGCUUCAGUAUUGGCUCUCAUUUCUCAGAGCCAGUUUGGAUGCAGAGUUUAUACCCACAGUGUUGAUAGCUGCCAGUCACAUAGAUUACUGUCCACAGCGUCGGCAUGACUUGCAGCCUGUAGUCGAUUACAUGCGUGAGCUAUUCAAAGGCAAGAUCAACAUCAUUGAAGAUUGUUUUGUUCUCGACUGCAGGAAGAGCAGGUCACGUGAGAUGAAACAACUAAAGAAAGUUCUCUGUGAUGUGAAGCAGCAGUUUCAGCUGUCUGCUCCUCUGUAUCCUCGUCUUUGUCAGCCAGUCGUGUCCAAGUUGCUUCCUUCUCUUCGUAACAAACAAGAAGAUCCUUUCAUGGAGAAGGCAACACUCAUGGAGAGGAUUGAGCAGGAAGCAUGUCCAGGACAAGAGAAGAAGGUUGUGGAGAAGGUAGUUGAUUUUUUAGAUGAUUCAGGAGAGAUUGCUGUUGCUGGCGAUGUGGCAGCUCUCGAUCCUGCAUCUCUACAUCAUUAUGCCAUCGGUCCUCUCAUUGCUUCUAAGUAUUUCAAAUGGCACGUCAAGUCUGAAAGGAAUGAUGGCACAGUAACAAGAGAAGAAGCAGAAAAGUCAAUCAAUCGUUUUCUGAAAGAUAAGAAGAUUCAAGUUCAACUCAACAUAGAUAAAAUCCUUGCAAUGAGUAAAUCUCUUGGUAUCUGCUUCAAAGUGGAAGGCAGAGACGACACGUACAUGUUUCCAGCUCUCUUGCCUUCUAAGCAUCUGUCUGUCAUGUGGAAGAGAGACGAGAGUAAGAAAGUGUAUGUCGGUCGUCGUCAAGUGUGCAGCAGUCAGACGACCAUCUUCAGUCCGUCUGCAUUUGGUAUGUUUCAAUCUAAAGUUCAUACGACAUUAGAUACAGAAGCAAGGCUGUGGAGGAAUGGACUGAUAGUAUCACGAGGUGAUUCUAUUGAUUGUCAUGUUGAAUGUUUGGUUGCCAUGGUAGAUCAUGUUCGUUCUGUCGACUUUGUAUGUCGUGGAGGUAAGGCAACAGAAUUAGAAUGUGUUUCCCUGCUCGACACUGUCAUGUCUCUUUGGAGAGAUAUGUUAGACAGAUACAGUCCAGGCACUGAAUAUGAGACUGAAUAUCUGAGCAGAAAGCAUUUAGAGGAACACAUUGAACUGAAAGAAGUUGCUUUCUAUACUGAAGAGAAAAUUCAGGAAGCCAAAGCAACAAGUAAAGGAGCAAAUGCUGCUGUAAAACAAGUAGUUAGUGAUGAUCUGAUGGUGGAAAGUCUUGGCGACUUGCUAGUCAUUCUACCCUCCAAUAGAAUGUUGACCACUGCAGUUGUUGUCCAUCCCAGUGCAGUAGUGGAAGCUGUCACUAAGCAUGGUUCAUGUCAAUGGUAUUUAUUUGGACAUAAAUUAGGUUUCAGUCACGACGAAAUUACUUCGUUAUGUCAUGACAAACCGACUGCAGCUUCUAAAUUAUUUGCAAUUAUUCAAGUGAAGACUAAACAAGUUGGUGAUGUGAAGAUUGAUGAGCUGCUGUUGGAGAUAUGUGGACUGUUGCCAAGUAGAAUUGAUGGUACAGUCAAAGAGGAGCUUGGAAUCCCCACAUGACUGUAGGAUAUCGGGUGGAUAUUUAUCAACACUAUAAUAGGCAUUUAUUAAUAAAAUCACGAAAUUGUUUAGUGUCA